UUUUCUUAUUUAUCUUUUUUUCAACAGAUUUUGGCCAUUGUAUCCAUAUUGUUCAUUGUACUAUCCACCAUUGCUUUGUCACUCAACACUCUACCUGAGCUUCAAGUAAUUGAUGAAUUUGGACAACAAAAUGACAAUCCUCAGCUAGCACAUGUUGAAGCAGUGUGUAUAGCAUGGUUCACUAUGGAGUACCUUUUGCGUUUUCUGUCAUCUCCAAACAAGUGGAAGUUCUUCAAAGGUCCAUUAAACGUGAUUGAUUUGCUUGCCAUUUUGCCCUAUUAUGUCACCAUCUUUCUCACAGAGUCCAACAAAAGUGUGCUGCAGUUUCAAAAUGUCCGCCGUGUAGUUCAGAUAUUCCGUAUCAUGAGGAUACUGCGGAUCCUUAAACUUGCUAGACAUUCAACUGGACUUCAAUCUUUAGGAUUUACCUUACGAAGGAGUUAUAAUGAAUUGGGUUUAUUGAUACUAUUUUUAGCUAUGGGAAUUAUGAUAUUUUCUAGUCUCGUGUUUUUUGCUGAAAAAGAUGAAGAUGCUACAAAGUUUACAAGUAUUCCUGCAUCAUUCUGGUGGGCUACCAUCACUAUGACCACAGUAGGUUAUGGUGACAUUUAUCCCAAAACUUUACUAGGUAAAAUAGUUGGUGGGUUAUGUUGCAUUGCUGGAGUGCUGGUAAUAGCCCUACCCAUUCCCAUCAUAGUAAACAAUUUCUCAGAAUUCUACAAGGAGCAAAAGCGGCAAGAGAAAGCCAUUAAAAGAAGGGAGGCUCUUGAACGAGCAAAAAGAAAUGGAAGCAUUAUUUCAAUGAAUUUAAAAGAUGCCUUUGCUCGUAGUAUGGAGUUGAUUGAUGUAGCUGUUGAUACUGAUAAAACUGAGGAAGCAGCCAAUUCAAAGGAAACUCCUGAUGACAACCAUUUGUCUCCAAGCCAUUGGAAAUGGGCCAGAAGCCCACUGUCAGAGACAGGUUCUAAUAAAUCCUUGAAGAACAAAUACCAGGAAGUGAGCCAGCAAGAUUCAUAUAAACAGCUAAACAAUGCAGCAGCAGCCUCCAGUCCUCAACACUUGAAUGCUCAGAAACUUGAAAUAUUAUAUAAUGAAAUUACUAAAACUCAGUCUCAGCCUAAUCUGAAUUCUACCUACCAAGGCCCUUCAGUGAAACCUCCCCUCUAUGAGGAGGAGAUAGAAAUGGAAGAGGUUACUGGACAAGGACAUGCAUCUAUAACAGGACCCAAAGAAGUCAUCCCUGAUAUGAGAAGCACUUCUAGCAUUGACAGCUUUGCCAGCUGCGCAACUGAUUUCACAGAGACAGAACAGUCACCUUUUCCUCCAUAUUCCAGUUCUCAUUUGCAACUAAGAUUUCCCACUGAGUUUUCCCACUUAGAAGACCAAACAGCAAAAGAUUCCCAGCUUUUACCAUUCAUGAAAGAUAAAAUGUUAGCUCCCAGGGAUACCUGCUUUGAUUACUCCUCAAUCAAUACAAUGAUGAGUUCUGAGAGCUCUCCUCAUCCUCAUCCUCUCCUUCAUGGUCACUUUCACUUUGACAAUGCCAUGGACAGUCCCAAAAGUUCUUUCAGAGGAAGCAACCCUUUAAAAUCAAGGUCCCUUAAGGUUAAUUUUAAGGAAAACAGAGGUGGUGCUCCACAAACCCCACCAAGCACAACAAGGCCAUUGCCAGUGUUGGCAACAGGAGACUUCCUACAAUCUACCCCUCAGCAUAUCAGCACUAUCCUCUUAGAAGAAAAUUCACCGCAGGGAGAAAGACCUUUGCUGGAUGCAGAUUCCUUUGGAGCUUCUAAGCAAGCAUGCCCUUUAUUCCCCAAGCAGAAACAUUUUUCUUUCCCUCCCAAGGAGAGAAGUUUCACUGAAAUAGACACUGGUGAAGAAGCUGACUUCUUGGAAAUCCCUGGCAUAAGGCACAACAGGCAGUUGGAUAUCAAGGCAAACUGCUUUGGGAAUAAACUUAAGGAUGGGGACUAUGUAACAGAAGACUCUGAAGUCAGUUCUUCUUCACCCAAACAUUUGGGUCAUAACUGCACUCAAGAUAUUUAUCAUGUUGGAGGGGAAGUAACAGGGGACAAUAAUCAAGAAGGUCACAAAAUGGAAAACCAUUUGUUUUCCCCAGAAAUCCAUACAAAUCCUAGUGAUCCUGGUUACUGUCCAACCAGAGAAACCAGUAUGUGACUAAUUAGGAGAGCAAUAAAGACAAAAACUUAUUUCUUGAAACUAAAAUUAGCAAUGCCUAUGAAUUAAAAAAGGGAAGCCUCAAAAGUAAAUAAAUAUUAUUUUUGCAUGGCAUGAAGAGUUGCUUAGUUUAAGUACACCUUAAUUUAAAAGCAAACUUUUUUUUCUAACAAAAGAUAAAUCAGGAAAAAUUCAACAAAAGAACUGAGUAAAAUAAAAUGCUCUUUUCAGAGAUGAUCUUUUGCAAUGCUUAACACUGUUAAUAUUUUCAUUUAUGGUUGUAGAUAAUGAAUUUUAAUUAACUUUUAUUUUUCCUUUUGACUUUCAGAAUUUGCACAUGAAAGGAUGAAAUGUUGAUUCAUAUGUUAAUAGUGUGAAAUAAGGUGCUUUGAGUCUGCAAAAUGCACAUUUUGUAAAUAAUUUGGAUUUGCUGGAACAUCUCCAGUUUUCAAGGAUUUGUAAACAAAAAACAAAAAAAACAGGUUUCUUGGGACUCAGAUACAUCCUUCAAGUCCACUGCCUGGAGGAUUUGUAUAGACUUACGUUGCAGAAUUGCAGCUUAUCCUUAGAGCAUCUUACUUAUCUUGUUUUCUUUUUAAUCCAAUGUACACUGUUUGUUUAAGAAAAUUGCAGUGUUUUCUCAUUUCUUUGUGAAAUGAACCAUAGCUUCAAUUACUUUUAUUUGCAUAGGUGUCAUGGAUGUACUUGCAGCUUCUUGAAAAAAAAAUUCUUAAGACUAGGCAAGAUUUAAUGACCAGGAAUUGAACUUUUGUUAUACCUGCCAAACUGAAAGCAAACAAGAAACCAUUACAAGAAAUAAAAUUAUUUUUAUGGUAAUAAAAUGUGCCAAAUGACAUGAAAACUGAUUAUUUUAUUUUAAGACUUUAAUAAUGUUGUAAUACAGUGGUGAUUACUGUAUGCACUGUUAUUAAAAUCUUACUAUUUGUACAUUUCUUGUUAUUGUAUAUCUGCUGUUUUCUUUAACAGUAGUGUGUCAUUUGCACAUCAUUUUUCACCCCAAUUUAGUUACUAUUUGGUUUCAGAAUGCUGUAUCAAUAUCAUUCCAUGAAUCAACCAAAAGAAUUGUCACAUAUACGAAGUAGAAAAUGUAUCUUUCUGAGGAAAUUAUUGAGGUUCACACACUGUGCAAAGAAGUAAAGCAGACUGUGUUUAGCUUAGAAUAUGCUGUGGCCACAGUGGUCUGUAAACUGUGGCACGGGGCUUAAAAGUGUGUAAAACUUGUAAUUGUGCUUAUUCAGCAAAAUGUCUGAAUGCUUCAAUUUUUCACAAGGAAUGCUGAAUACAGAUGGGUUCACUCAUAAUUAUUGCCAUUUCCAUGUAAUUAGAGCAAUUAACAUGCAGAAAAUGGAAUAAUUUGAAAUCUCCAUUUCUUAUCUUCAUGGUAUCUCUCCCAUCACAAGCACUCUAGUCAAUCUUUUUCUUUCUUUUUCUAUAACUAAUUCUGCUAAUAAAGAUUUAAUACAUUAGUUAUUUUAAAAUCACAAAAUUCAGUAGAAGCUUUAAACAGCAUUUUAACUGUAUUACUUUUUUUAAAUAACUUUACAUAUUUCUCAGUUACACUUAUUCUCUAGGGCCAAGGAGCACAUUUGGAAUUUUAGGAACUUGUCGGAAUUCAUAUAGGGAAAUAGAAGAUAUUGAGGGGAAACAAGUUCAAAUCUACAGUCAGCUAGUGAAGCUCACUUAGGUCAUCCAUUUUCUCUUAAAAAGUCCGUCUUACAGCUGUACAGUGUUCUUUUUAUGGGAGGAAUUAAAGACAAAUUCCUAUGUAACUCUCAGAGAAAUAAAAGGAUAUAAAUCUAACAAAUAAUAUGAUAAAUCACAUGAUGCAAAUGAGAAGAUAUCUUCUGUGGCUCAGUAGAUCUCUGUAGAAUUGUAGUUUAGCUUUAUUAAUUUUCUCUAACGACUAUAGGCAAAUGACACAUUUUCAAACAAAAUUUAGGAUUGCAGCCCUCCACCAAUGUUAUUUUCUGACAUUGACCAGUCCAAAGCCUUUGUUAUUUUUGAAAAAUGCAUGAUCAUAAAGGCCCACGCAUGGCUUUGCAAAGUGCCAACUCAUGUCCCUUUUUUCCAGUUAAAGUAAGAUUUUUAAAGCACAUUAAGCACUGAGGAAAAACAUCUAUGGCUGAUCUUUUGUAUAGCUAAACAAAGCUCAACUUUUCCCCUCAACUUUUUUAAAACACAUUUUUAUUUUGUUAUGUGCACCAAAACAGCUUCUAGUAGAGAAAACGUACUGUACAGCUCAUAAAUUUUACUUCUCCUAAAUACAAUACCACCUAAUUUUUUUAUUUCGCUCUUUGGACCAAAUAUUAAGCACAGGAGAAUGGGUUUUUAAAGUUUCUCUUAAGACUUCCUUUUUCUAUUAAAUUACAUGUCUUCAGAUCCAUAUUUUAUUAAUUUAAAUACUGGGGCUAAAUGUCAUUUCUAAAGCAGCCAAUAUCUAGUCAUUAAGUCUCAAAGUAUUUAUUAGUUUUUCAUGAAAAUCAAAUUAAUUUUAUUUUUGCAUAAGAUUUCACUUAAUUGUAUAACAAUCCACGUGCUCUGGUUCAAUUACUUAUAUUUUGUUCCAUAAAGUUCCUUUAUUUAUCUUCUUUCACAGUUAAAUAUUCUGUUAAUGGAGAGCAAAUGCUAGCUAAUACUUUUUUAGAGAUGUUGUUAUAUUAUUCCAGUUUAUUUGUUUAUUUAUAUCCCGCAUACAGUUUUUGCCUUUAUCCAGAUAGUUGUGUAACAGUCAAAAAUAAAGGCUAAAUGAAUUGUUAGCCUUAGAUAACAGCAGUUUGCCAGUAAUUUCAAUGAAAUCAUGAUUUCCCUCAUAAUGUCUAUUCAAAGAAAACUCUUGGGGACUACCAUAACUUCUGAAUUAAAGAUCUAAAGUCCAAAAGUGAAAAUUUACACUUCUCGGAUUGAAUGAUGUCUUUAUAGUCCUGAUGGCAUAUCACAGGACAUGGACAUUUUAAGUUGCUAUCUAAUAGAAGAAGAAAAAGAAAUUGGUGUGUUUUAUUAGAUGCAUUGAAAUCUUGUAAUCUGUUUCCCAUACCUUGUCUGUUCAACUAUAGUUUCAAAACCCUCUGCUACUGAAAAUAUAGUUUUUUAAAAUCUUAUUUCAAAUAUGUUUGCAAAGUAAUUCAACUGCUGCUACUGAAAGCUGAUCACCUGCUUAGAAAGAAAUUUGAAGAUUUAUUAAUUGUUCUUAUAAUAGUGGUAAAAUAAAAGACGUUUCUUUCAUUUUGUAGAGAUACUGCUACUAAAUAUCACGUGCUCUUAUUCUAAAACAAGUGUUAGAAGUAGCACCUCAUUAAAACAGUGGCUGAUUCUAAGGCAGAAAUACAGGAUCUAUGACUUUCCUGUCUGCUGAAUUUAAAUUCUCAAUGACUCAUUUGUGACCAAAAUGGCUAGAGUUGCUAAAAAUGGCCAGAUUCCCCAUCUCAGGGGGAAAAAAAACCAUUUGGCCUGAUAAUACAGAAUGGCACUCAAGCCACUAGGAAAAAAUAUAUAUGGCUGACAUACAUUGUCCCUAUUGUCUAAAAUGGAAAACUUUCAACAUACUCACAUAGAAAACUUUUGAUUGAUUUGGAUAUGUGUGUCAGAUAAUCAGUCAAUCACGUGUGUAGCAAAUGUCUUAAUUCACCAAAGUUCAUUUGUCAUUAUUAUUUCAAAAGCAAGCCACAUUAAGGUGAAAAAAAA